CAUCUUUUGUAUGAUUGGAGUAGGGUUGGUACGACUAACUCCCUUCGAAACAUCAAAACUCUCUAGACAGAGAUUGAACAGAUAAAGCAAUCGGGUCCCAUUGAUUGGGAUAAGGUUCGAGAUCUUGAAACGGAGCUUAGUCGCCAGUGGGAGGCAGAAGAGAUUUACUAGUAAUAAAAAUCGCGUGUUCGAUGGCUGAAAAAAAGUGAUAGCAAUACCUCCUAGUUCCACACAGUCACAAGGACAAGGAGAAAAAGAAACUUUGUGGCGGGUUUGAGGACUGAGGAUGGUGAAUGGGUCACUGAUGAGAAGGGAAAGGCAGAUAUUUCUGUUGAUUUUUUCUAGCAUCUCUUUACUUCCGAAAACCAUGUUGAGAAUAUGAUGCCCCGGGUGGCAGAUCAGCCUAUUGCUCAGUCAGUUACAGAUGAAAUGAAUGCAGCCCUGACGGCUGAGGUGUUGGCUUCAGAGAUCAGAAAAACGGUCUUCUCGAUUGGGUCCACUCAGGCUCCGGGAUCAGAUGGGUUCACUGAGAAAUUCUUCCGCGCUUUUUGGAAUGUUGUUGGUGAGUCUGUGGUGGAAGUUGUCUGUUCCUUUUUUCAUACAGGCCGGAUGUUACGGAGCUUUAACCAUACUUGGCUCACACUCAUUCUGAAAGUUGAUAACGUGGAAAAUAUGCGCCAGUUGAGGCCUAUAUGCCAAUUCAUGUACAAGAUCAUUACCAAAAUUAUGUCUCAGCGGCUGGCUCGGUUUCUUCAUGCGAUAAUAUCGCCAGGACAGAACGCGUUUAUUUGUGAAAGACAGAUAGUGGAUAAUGUGCUCAUUGGUCACGAAUUGAUGCACUACCUCAAGAUUAAGACUAAGGGUAGGAAAGGUUAUAUGGCUCUGAAGGUUGACAUGGAAAAGACCUAUGAUAGAGUCGAAUGACCCUUCUUAUUUGUUGUUUUAGAAAAAAACGGGGUUUAAUCCGACUUGGGUACAAUGGAUCGAAGAAUGCUUGCGCUCCUCUUUUUUCGGUCCUAAUGAAUGGGACACCGGCUGGCUACUUUCGCUCGACUCGGGGACUUCGACAGGGAGAUCCAUUGUCUCCGCUUCUUUUUGUCAUUUGUACCGAGGGCUUUGCAUCACUCUUACGCAAGGCCAUUGAAGAGAGGAAGUUAGCUGGAGUCCGGGUUAGUCCCAGAGCCCCGCGUGUUUCACAUUUGUUCUUUGCUGAUGAUUCAUAUCUGUUUCUUAGAGGGUCGAUGCAAGAAUGUGAGAAUCUGUUGGUGGUAUUGAAUGAAUAUGAGGAACUUAG